UUCCCCUUGCAGGACCAGCACCCGCCAGCAAUGAAUCCCCCAGCAACACCUCCAAAGCUCCCCCAACCGCAGCUGAGAGAGAGAACGGAGAGAAUGGAACCAAGUAGAAGCAGGAGAGAAGAGCGCCUGCGUGUCAUAAAUACUCACUUGAAUCUCGCCCGCAGGUGUCACAAGGAUGCUGCUCAGAAACCAAAGCCAGUCAACAUUGGAUGGCGUGGAACUUCAGCAGUGGAGGCAGUGGGGGUGGAAGUGGAGCUGCCACCCAAGGGUCUGGAGGAGGCACACACCACACUGCUCACCCCUCCUGCCCUCAAGUUCGUGGCUGACCUGACAAAGCGGUUCAACAGUGAAGUGGACCUUAUGCUGAAUGAGAGAGUUAGAAGAAAAGUGGAGCUAGAUGUGACAGGCAACCGUCCAGAGUUCUUGGUCAACCCACAGGCUCAGGCACCUGACUGGAGGGUGGACCCUGCCCCAAGGAGGCUGCAGGACCGCAGGCUGGACCUUGGAGACGUGUCUCCUGCCAACACGGAGCAUUUUGUGGCAGCUCUUAAGUGCAAGGUCAAUGGUAUCCAGACAGACUUUGAUGAUGGUCACUGCCCAACGUGGCCAGCCCAGCUACGUGGCCUGUACAACGUGUUCAAGGCAGUGCACGGCUUGUUCCCUGACAUCGGGGACAUUGGCAGCCUGCCGGUGCUGAUGCUGCGGCCCCGGGCCUGGAACAUGAUUGAACACAACAUGCUGGUGGAUGGCCGGGAGGUGCCUGGCCCUCUGUUUGAUUUUGGCCUGCUGAUGUUCCACUGUGCAGGGCGGCUCAUGCAGGCUGAGAGUGGGCCCUUCUUCUACCUGUCCAAGGUGGAGGGUGCUAACGAGGCACGCCUGUGGAAUGAGAUCUUCUGUUGGGCUCAGGACCAGCUUGACAUUCCCAGGGGAACCAUCAAGUCGUGUGUGUUGAUAGAGAAUGUCCUCGCCUCCUUCCAGAUGGAGGCAAUACUGUACGAACUCCGCCACCACUCCAUCGGCCUCAACUGUGGCAUCUGGGACUACUCCGCCUCCUUCGUUAACAAGUUUGGUCACCGAGAUGACUUUGUGCUGCCAGACAGGAACAAGUACGUGAACAUGCAGCGUCACUUCCUCCGCUCCUACAUGGACCUUGUCGUGCACACCUGCCACAGGAGGGGAGCCCACGCUACAGGGGGGAUGGCUGCCACUAUGCUCGUCUCCAAAGAUUCCUUCCUGGUGAGUCAGGUGACGGCGGCAAAGCUGAGGGAGUUGGUGGCUGGCGUGGACGGCUUCAUGGUGUACGACCUGCGUCUGGUGCCUGUCAUGCUCAAGCUGUAUAGGACCCUUGGAUUCAUCAACCAAAUUGAUCGUGUGAGAGAUGAUGUGAAGGUGACACCAGCUGAUCUGCUAGAGAUGCCUGCAGGAGGUGUCACACUGGAGGGCCUGAAGCACAAUGUGGCAGUGGGCAUCCUCUUCAUUGCAGCAUGGCUCCGGGGGCAGGGCCACUACGUAUACAAGGGAGCAGUGGAGGAUUCGGCCACCGCGGAGAUCUCCAGGUCCCAAGUGUGGCAGUGGAUCAGGCACAGGGCCACGCUGGAAGUCAGUGGAGAGGUGAUCACCCGCAAGCUUGUCCAGACCCUCAUCAAGGAAUUUGUCGAUUCUGCAAACACUGAAAUAGCACCAGAUGAGGCAGCAAGGGCACGGCUGUCAGUGGCUGCCGAGAUUUUUGAGGAGGUGGUGACAAAGAGAGACUUUCCUGAGUUCCUGACAACUUACCUCAACCAGGACCACACCUUCAGGGCACACCAGAAGCUCUCCUGCUAAACUUUGGGACCACAGACGCCUGGCUUAGGUCUUUUAGCUGAGAUCCUUUGCCUACGCCUAACUGAGACCUGGCAAAAUAUUAUUCUUUGUUAAACGUAAGAGGAUAGAAAUUUAAUAGCAGAUCUUGUAUUGAAUGUGCAAUAUUUUCUUUUGUGUUAUUCAUCAUUGAUAUACUGUAAAUCUCUCUCUCUCUCUCUCUCUCUCUCUCUCUCUCUCUCUCUCUCUCUCUCUCUCUCUCUCUCUCUCUCUC